AUGCUGGGCGUGGCCUACGAGGCUCCGUCCUUGGCCACCGGAUUCGGGGCUUACCUGGCCCAGCCGUUGCUGCGGGCGGCGCUGGAGCGGGAUCGGCUCCCGAGCCGGGAGGAGGCGCGGGAGCUGCUGGAGCGCUGCCUGCGCGUGCUCUACUACCGGGACGCUCGCUCCUUCAACAGGUUCCCGUUCCCGGCGCUCAUUCCCGUUCCCGGCGCUCAUUCCCGCGGCAUUCCCGUUCCCGGCGCUCAUUCCCGCGGCAUUCCCGUUCCCGGCGCUCAUUCCCAUGGAAUUCCCGUUCCCGGCGCUCAUUCCCAUGGAAUUCCCGUUCCCGGCGCUCAUUCCCGUUCCCGGCGCUCAUUCCCGUUCCCGGCGCUCAUUCCCGUUCCCGGCGCUCAUUCCCGGCGCUCAUUCCCGUUCCCGGCGCUCAUUCCCGCGGCAUUCCCGUUCCCGGCGCUCAUUCCCGUUCCCGGCGCUCAUUCCCGUUCCCGGCGCUCAUUCCCGCUUUUCCGCAGUUUCCUGGGAUACGUGGACAUGCUGGGCGUGGCCUACGAGGCUCCGUCCUUGGCCACCGGAUUCGGGGCUUACCUGGCCCAGCCGUUGCUGCGGGCGGCGCUGGAGCGGGAUCGGCUCCCGAGCCGGGAGGAGGCGCGGGAGCUGCUGGAGCGCUGCCUGCGCGUGCUCUACUACCGGGAUGCUCGCUCCUUCAACAGGUACGAGGUUGCCGUGGUGACGGAGAAGGGGGUGGAGCUGGAGGGGCCCCUGACCCUGGAGGCCAACUGGGACAUCGCCCACGCCGUCAGCGGUUUCGAGUGAUCUCCGGGAGCUGCUCCGGCCUCAGCCCGUCCCCCUCGAAUCCUCGCUUCACUCCCGGCCCUUCUCCCCCUCCGGAAUGGCCCAAUCCAGCUUUUUUUGGGAAUAAAAUCCAUCCUUUCCAGAGCGAUCCGUGUCCGUUGGUUAUUGGGGAUUCCUCCAAAAAAAAAAAAA